UUCUAACAGUGCCACAAACAAGCCUGCUUGCUGUCAGAUGUGCUUCUAAGAAAACUGGGGGCAGCUCAAAAAAUCUGGGUGGCCGUAGCCCUGGGAAGCGCUAUGGAUACAAAAAAGUAGAAGGUGCGUUCGUGCACGCAGGCAACAUUUUGGCUACGCAGCGGUUGAUACGCUGGCAUCCAGGGGCUUACGUGGGGAUGGGCCGUAACAAGACACUCUACGCCCUGGAGGAUGGGAUUGUGAGAUACACCAAAGAGGUCUACAUACCUCCACCCCGCAGCAGUGAGAGCAGGGAAGUGAUCUGUCGUCUACCCAAAGGAGCAAUUCUUUAUAAAACCUUUAUCAACGUUGUCCCUACCACAGAAGUAGGAAGUUUUAAACUGGUCACGAUGCUCUGAGCCUCCUGCAUCAUGUAGGGACAGAGG